AUGGGAACUCUUAGAAGGUUUCCUCCGAUUUUUGGUGGAAUCAGAAAAGCCACAACAGAUAUUGAAUAUGGUGGAUACAUUAUACCCAAAGGGUGGCAGAUCUUUUGGGUCACAUCAAUGACUCACAUGGACAACAAAAUAUUCCCAGAGCCAUCAAAGUUUAAUCCAAGUAGAUUUGAAAACCAAGCAUCUACAUCAUCUUAUUGCUAUGUUCCAUUUGGAGGAGGAGCAAGAAUAUGUCCAGGAUAUGAGUUUUCCAAGAUUGAAACUCUUGUGAUAAUUCAUUACCUUGUGACAAAGUUCAGUUGGAAGCGGCUUUCAGACAAUUCCUUCAGCAGGGAUCCAAUGCCAACACCAUCUCAAGGCCUGUUGAUUGAGCUUUGCCCAAGGAAACUAUCUUAG